UUACCAAUUGGCCUGAGGGUGAAAACUUUGGCCUCACAGAUGAAGAACAAGAGCAAGUGACACGGGCUGAAGAGGCUCCACCAUACAACCAAUUGCCAGCAGAGGAGACGCAUUAUGCCCUUUUCACUGACGGUUCCUGUCGUAUUGUAGGGAUGAACCGGAAGUGGAAAGCAGCCGUGUGGAGCCCCACACGACAGCUUGCUGAGGCCACUGAAGGAGAGGGUGGAUCAAGUCAACUUGCAGAACUCAAGGCUGUUCAAUUGGCCUUGGAUAUUGCUGAAAGAGAGGGGUGGCCGAGGCUCUACCUCUAUACCGAUUCAUGGAUGGUAGCCAAUGCUCUGUGGGGAUGGCUGAGGAGGUGGAAAGAGGCUAAUUGGCAGCGUGGAGGGAAACCAAUUUGGGCUGCUAAGGAGUGGAAAGACAUUGCUACCAGGGUAGAGAGACUACCUGUGAAAGUUCGCCACGUAGAUGCCCACAUCCCCAAGAGUAGAGCUAAUGAGGAACAUCGAAACAACGAGCAGGUAGAUCGGGCAGCAAAAAUAGAGGUCUCAAAGAUUGAUUUAGAUUGGGAACACAAGGGAGAGUUGUUCCUAGCUCGAUGGGCCCAUGAUGCCUCAGGCCAUCAGGGCAGAGAUGCCACCUAUAAGUGGGCCCGAGACCGAGGGGUGGAUCUAACCAUGGACAGUAUUUCUCAGGUUAUCCAUGACUGUGAGACGUGUGCUGCCAUCAAGCAGGCCAAGCGGGUGAAGCCCCUAUGGUAUGGCGGGCGAUGGUCCAAGUAUAAGUAUGGGGAAGCCUGGCAGGUUGACUACAUCACCCUUCCCCAAACCCGCCAAGGCAAGCGCUACGUGCUCACAAUGGUGGAAGCCACCACGGGGUGGCUGGAGACCUACCCUGUGCCCCAUGCUACUGCCCGGAACACCAUCCUGGGCCUUGAAAAGCAAGUCCUGUGGAGGCAUGGUACCCCCGAGAGAAUUGAGUCAGACAACGGGACUCAUUUCAAGAACAGCCUUAUUAACACCUGGGCUAGGGAACAUGGCAUUGAGUGGGUGUACCAUAUUCCCUACCAUGCACCCGCUGCAGGCAAAGUGGAGAGGCACAAUGCAUUGUUAAAAACCCAAUUGAAAGCAUUAGGUGGGGGAUCUUUCAAGAAUUGGGAGCAGCAUUUGGCAAAGGCCACCUGGUUGGUCAACACCCGAGGCUCCACCAACCGAGCAGGCCCUGCGCAGGCUGAGCCUCUGCAUACAAUAGAUGGAGAUAAAGUCCCAGUGGUGCAUGCCAGAGGUCUGUUAGGGAAGACAGUGUGGAUCAAGUCUGCCUCAAGUUCAGACAAACCCAUUCGUGGGGUUGUCUUUGCUCAGGGACCAGGUUGCACAUGGUGGAUAAUGCAGAAAGAUGGAACAACACGAUGUGUACCUCAGGGAGAUCUGAUUGUUGGGUGAAAAUCAUUUACAAACAUCACUGUCUGCUGAAUGUUAUUGCCAUUGUCUGUACAUUAAACCACGCAGAAUGAAAUAGAAGGAAAUGUGUAAGUGAGAGGGUAUUGCUUGUAUUCUUUUUUUUCUGUGGGGAGAAUGGAUGGAAGUUUUAUGUGGAAUAUAUAUUGGUUCUGUCUGUAAGUCAACGAUAUGGGGAUAAGGGGUGGAAGAUGUCAUGGGGUGACUGUGUAUCCCCAAUCGUCUGUUGGGUGCAGGGGGGAGGGCAAGCGCGGUUUGUUUUUCCCCAGGAAAACCCUGCUCAUCGGAGUGACCUUGAAGCGGGGGAGUUGGAACACGGCAAGACAAAAGAAGCUCUGUUGUUUUUUUGCCCCGGCAGUUAGUUAGUUUAGUGCUAGCGUAGUUAGACGCUGUAGAAUAGCUGAAGCUUUUAGCUUUUUGCUUUUUUUUUUUUUCUUUUUCUUUUUUUGUCCUUUUUUCCUUCCUUUUUGCUUUUUUUGUCCUCUCCUCGGAACUGUUCCAACCUCUCCGGACUAAGGACCUGGGGAAGCACCGGGGGCCUCCACAGGGGACCCACCCCACCAAGACCAGCCCUGCACAUCUCCUUUUCUCCCAGCGUCAGCAGAGACGGAGCGGUGGAGCACAGUGACGACCCUCAAGAGGAGACUUUCUUUAAGUUUGUUAUCCCUCCGUAAGCGGCACGAAGCUCUUGUCAUCGGACUAAGGACCUGGGGAAGCAC